AUGUGUGACUUCUCCCGGUACCAAGACGUGAUCGGACAACUGCCUCUCCUGAAGAGUUACAGUCAUCUCUGUCUGUCCUUUCCAAUCGAAGACUCGUCACCUAGAGACGAAAUCGCCAACAAGCUGCAAGCAGCAGCAUUAAAACUCACCACAGCCAUUCCAUUGUUGGCUGGCAAAGUCAUCAACCAAGGUAGAGGCCCUGGCAACUCUGGUCAUUUCAAGGCCGUCCCUUGUUCCCUAUGGACUUCACCAAACACAAUUGUGCGGUUCAAAGACUGUUCUGAUGUCUGUCCUUCCCAUGAUGAACUCGUCAAAGCUAAAGGCCCAGUUACAAUGCUGGGUGGUGAUAUUCUCUGUCCACGAAAGGCUUUUCCAGCGAGCUAUGAGGAGACAGACUCUGACCCGGCACCAGUGGUAGCCAUACAAGCGAAUUUUAUCAAGGGAGGUCUUCUCCUUGACUGCGCUGCUCAGCACAACAUGAUAGACAUGAGUGGAAUCGAGCAAGUGCUGCGACUUCUCGCUACGCUCAUGCGUGGAGAGGAAAUCCCACCGUUAGCGAUUGAGCAGGGCAACCGGGAUCGCAGGAAUAUGAUCCCACUUCUAAAAUCCACUGAACCAUUACGGGAUCAUAGUCACCUACGCCGUGCCAAACCAGGGGAGAAGCAAACCGCUCUUGUUGAGCCUGAUUCUCCCUAUCGAUGGUGUAACUUUCGCUUCUCGUCCGCGAGUCAAGCCCGACUGAAGGCGCUGGCCUCAAAACCUUCAGAGCACAACAGUGCAGUUUCCUUCAUCUCUACCAAUGAUGCACUCAGCGCAUUUUGCUGGCAGCGCAUCAUCACUGCAAGACAACAUCGUCGACGGUCUCCGACUACCAUCUCCAAAUUCUGCCGUGCUGUUGACUGCCGGCGAGCACUAGGAGUGCCCAAGGAGUAUAUGGGCCAUAUGGUACAAAUAGCGACCUCAUAUUUGACAUUCCAAGAGCUGGAGACUUUGCCACUGGCCGCUGUUGCAUCAGUUUUGCGGGAAAGCGUUAACGAUGUCAACAAUGAGUACACCGUGCGAAGCUGGACCACUCUCAUUGCCAACGAGCCGGAUAAGUCAACCAUCGUCUUUGGAGGUAAAUUCAACCCGGAUACCGAUGUUGGGUCUUCGUCAUGGGCACACGUGAAUCUCUGUCGUGAAGAGUUCGGGACUCUUGGAAAGCCAUCGCUCAUCCGACGGCCGAAUUUCAUCCCUCUGAGAAGUGAUGUAUACUUUCUACCUCACACGGAGGCGGGAGAUAUUGAUGCCCUGGUUUGUGUGAAUGAGCUGGACUUUGAGGCAUUGACAGUAGAUGGAGAGUGGAAUACUUACACAGAAUAUAUCGGAUAG